AUGGCUCUGCAACUAGGAGGACAGAAGACUUUCAAAAACGUGCAAUAUCAACCUUCAAAUGGACCUCAUGAUACAAAAUUAACAUUUUCACCCUCAAGAAAUGAUACUGAUAACACGUAUAUUGUAUAUAUAUCAAAUGAGGACACAGAAAGAAUCAACGAGGGCGAAAAUAUGGUUACGCUAUCGAAAGAAACACUUCUUAGACAAUCAAGAUUUGAUUAUUGA